AUGGCGUCCCAGGGCGGCAGCUCCCUGGGGCUCCUGGCCUGGCUCUUGCUUCUUCAGCCAUGGCUCGACGAGGCCCGGACGGGCAGGGCGGGUGGGCAGGGAGGCGUAGCACUCUUCUUCCACUCCACUCUCCCCUCAGGGCCAGGCGGCCAGGACCCCGGAGCGAGCGGAUGGGAGCCGCCACCUGUAGGGGCUCCAGGAUCCCCAGCGGCUGGUCAGUCCACAGGGAAGGCAGUGCCCCCUGCUCCGGUGUUAUUUCCCUCAGCCUGCGGCAAGCGGCUUGCAAGGAUAAUUGGAGGAUUUGGAAGCCCAGAUAGGAAGUGGCCCUGGCAGGUGAGCCUGCAAACCAGCAACAGACACAUCUGCGGAGGCUCCCUUAUUGCCAGGCGCUGGGUGCUCACUGCCGCCCACUGCAUCUCUGGUCAUCUGGAAUACACAGUGAAGCUGGGAGACACAAAUGUGCAUCAUCGCUCCAAAACAGCACUUGUAGUCCCAGUUCGUGACAUCGUUAUCCACCGAUAUUUUACAUCUUUUGGAAUAAUUGAAAAUGACAUUGCCCUUGCUCUGCUUGACUUCCCUGUGAAUUACUCCACACACAUCCAGCCUGUGUGCCUCCCUGAACAGGCUUUCAUGGUACAAGCUGAUACGAAGUGCUGGGUGACAGGAUGGGGCAAAGUGAAUGAAACAGAUUCAUCAAAAAAGAUAGUAACUGAGCUUCAGGAGGCUGAGCUAAGCAUUAUGCUUCAUGAGAAAUGUAAUAAGGUGUUCAAGGAAAAGAUGAGAAUUAGGAAUGAAAUGGUCAAGAAAAGGACCAUCUGUGGCUAUAAUGACCAAGGGAAGGAUUCCUGUCAGGGAGAUUCUGGGGGGCCCCUGGUCUGUGAAUUAAAUGGCACAUGGUUCCAGGUGGGGAUUGUGAGCUGGGGCGUUGGCUGCGGUCGCAAAGGAUACCCUGGAGUUUACACAGAAGUUAGUUUCUACAAGAAAUGGAUUAUUGAUCACCUGAGACAAGCUUCCUGUCUGAAUUCAGCAGACUCCCUCAUCCUAGUCCUGUGUCUGAUGAUGCCCCUGGGCAUCCUGGUGACCCCGUGA